CUAGCAGGGCUUUAAUAGGAGGGGCUUGCAUUCUAGUCGUCCGGUUACCAGGUAUAUACCUGUCUGCUCAGUGGAAGGCCACAGUCACAUUUGUCUUUAUCAGGACUUAAAAAUAAUAGCCCUCCCUGCGUGAUGGAUCUAAACCACCCGACGUCUGGGAUGGAUCCAGUCUCUCCCUCCCUGCGGACACAGUCACCUGUCGGGACAGUCUGCCAGAAGACGCCAGAAGAGGCGAGCUCCCCAGCCUCCUCCUCAGAGAGCAGUGCCAAGGAGAUUUGCCAAGAUACAAGGCCCCGAGAUGAUCCGUUUGUUCCAACAGUCACAGCAAUCUCCUCCACCCCAGAUUUCCAGUGGAUGGUCCAGCCUACGAUCAUCACAUCUGUCUCUCCGUCUUCGUGUGGCAAGCAAGCCAAUGAACCGCAGAGCGCUCACCAGGCAACACCCAAAGCAGGCGGGAACAAGGGGAAAAAUGCCAGAAAGGGGAAAACAGAACAGCUGUCUCCAGAGGAGGAGGAGAAAAAGAGAGUAAGGAGGGAGAGGAAUAAAAUGGCUGCAGCGAAGUGUCGCAGCAGACGGAGGGAACUCACAGACACAUUGCAAGCUGAGACGGACACGCUGGAGGAGGAAAAGGCAGCCCUGGAGACGGAAAUCGCUAACCUCCUUAAGGAGAAAGAGCGGCUUGAAUUCAUCCUUGCCACGCAUCAGCCUGCGUGCCAAAUGUCAGAGGAGCUUGAGUCCAUCUUCCAGGAGUCCACAGGAUCCCCAGAGCUUCCGCCCAGUCCGAACGAGGACAGCCUUCCAGAGGAUGGCAUCCAAGAGGCUCCUUCACUCCAGGACAUGGACAUUCCCAGUGACCCUUCCACAGCCAUCUCUGGGAACUCCAACAUCUUACUGUGUGCCAGUGCUGAAAUCAACAUCAGUGAUCUGGAGCCCUCUCUGGACAUUAAGGAGGAGCUACUAGACAAUAUGUUACCCAGUUUGGAAGAGAGAACCCCCAUGGAGACGGCCCGAUCCGUGCCCGACAUCGAUCUGAGCAGCUCUCUCGGGGUGUCGGACUGGGAGACCCUAUACAAGUCUGUUUCCUGUGACCUGGAGCCUCUCAGCACUCCUGUGGUGACCUCCACACCCACCUGCAGCAGCUACCUUUCUGUCUUUACAUUUGCAUGUCCUGAGCUGGACUCUCUCACAGAGGGACUGGACAGCCUCAAAGGCGGCCUAAGCAAGGCUGAAUCUGUUGACAUCCUUAACUCGCCGACUCUUUUAGCCUUAUAAUGCACAGAGGGAAGCGAUCUGCCUGUUUUUUUUUCCUGUUUGCUGGUUCCUGACUCAGAAAUUAAAUCAACAAUAUAUGCCCAAAUAUGCUGUAACACUUCAAGAUGUAUGAAAUAUCUUGUUUAACUGAACGAGCAUAUAGUGAACAGAGAUGUAGCUAAAAGCAUGGCUUCCAUCUAAAGAGGGGCUGAUGUUUUGAUCUGAAAACGCAUGCAGAGAAACUCCAAAUGACUUUCAAAUCUCGUAUCUAUCUCUAUAUACAAAUGUAUGUUAUGGGUCUGUUCUAGAUCUAAAGUGUGUUGUAGAAUUGGAUGUUGCAGUAUGGUUUAGUGUUUUUGGUGUCAUAUAUGGAUUACUGUAAAUGUUAUUUACACUCAUUCAUGUUGCAUACCUUGAUGUCAUCAGCUGUGGUUUGACCUCAUCGUUAAAAUGUUGAAAGUUUUCCAUGAAAACAUCCCGUGCUAUCUAUCUUUAUCAAGAUGUAACUUAUGAUUUAUUUUUUUACCUCUCAGAUUUUGACUUAUUUGUUAAAAUGGAAAAGAAAAUAAGCAUUGAUUGCUUAUGGUGAAUAUAAUAAGGAUGAUGAUAAUAAAUCUGUGUCCACAGUG